GGAUGCGAGCCCAGCAGGGGACAGUCAGAGGAGCAAGACCGGGACCCACUGACGAGUCCCUGUGGUGCGUGCCGGGAGGAACCCGUUGGCUCCGCAGGUGUCCAGACCGCUCGGAACGUCUGUCUCAAUGAGUCAAAGAAACAGGAGCAGGAGGUCCGCCCGCGGGGGCAAGCUCGGCUCGUCCCCUUUCCUGCAGGCGGUACAAAGAGUGUUUCAGAAGAAGCCGGUGCGGGAAUUUCUGGCUGAGUUCUUAAGCACCUACACCAUGAUGGUGUUUGGCCUUGGGAGUGUGGCCCACAUGGUCCUAGGAGGUUCUAUGGGAAGCUACCUCGGCGUCAACUUGGGGUUUGGCUUCGGAGUCACCAUGGGGGUCUACAUAGCGGGCGGCGUCUCUGGGGCCCACAUGAACUCGGCUGUGACCUUCACGCAGUGCGCUCUAGGCCGCAUGUCCUGGAAGAAGUUUCCCAUCUACGUGUCGGGCCAGUUCCUCGGGGCCUUCAUGGCAGCUGCCACCAUUUACGGUCUCUUCUGGACAGCCAUCGCGGAAUACUCGGGGCCACACCUCACAGUGACGGGGCCCCAGGCCACUGCUAGCAUUUUCGCCACAUACCUUCCUGAUCGCAUGUCGCUGUGGAGGGGCUUCAUCGACGAGAUGGUACUGACGGGACUCCUCCAGAUGUGCAUCUUGGCCAUCGGGGACAAGAAUAACAGCCCCGCGCCCGAGGGGACCCAGGCCCUGCUCAUCGGCAUCCUCGUGGUGAUCCUGGGCGUGUCCCUGGGCAUGAACACGGGCUACGCCAUCAACCCGGCGCGGGAUCUGGCUCCUCGCUUCUUCACCUUCAUUGCAGGCUGGGGCAAAGAGGUCUUCAGUGCCAGGAACUGGUGGUGGGUGCCCGUGGUGGCGCCCCCCCUGGGCGCCUACUUGGGCGCCAUCACCUACCUCGCCUUCAUCGGCCUCUGGAUUCCUCAGAACCCAAAAAAUAACAACUUGGGCAGCACCGAGAACAAGACUCCCAACCUCGCGUCCCCCAGCAGCCGCAGCAGAGAAUCUGAGCAGUUCCAGGACUCCAUCCACCUCGAGCGGUUUUAAGUGCAUUGCCUGUGAGUCCACCCAGUGCAAUAAAGCAAGCCCUGUCCCCUCAAGGAGCCCCCGCCUUGGUGGGCCCCUCCACCCAGGCUUGCAUUUGCUUUCUGGGUGAUGCUCCCCCUCAGUUUGGCGGUUCUGCCACUCUGCCCAGAGGUUGGAGCAGAGAGAAUCUUCCAACUCCUCUGGGCCUGGGAACUGGAGCGCCUCUGGGAGAGAAUGAGGAGGGGGGUUUCUGUGAACUCACCGCAAGGGGUGAAAGGGAAGGAACCACAAUCUUGAGGUCUCCGGCAGACAGAUGCAGUGGUCUGAAUGGCAGUAGCCAUGGGGGGGAGGGGGGCGCUGGUGCCAACCCACAUCUCAGCACAGUCAAAUAAAAGGAAAAAAGAGGGAAACGAUGGUGCUUUAUUAGGGGGCGAGAGCUGGGAGGUAGGUUGGGAGGAGCGUGCAGGCGGGCAGCAUUUUUGUGGUUGUUUUGUUUUGAGGUCACGCCGGGCGAUGCUCAGGAAUUACUCCCGGUGGUGCUUGGGGGAUGCUGGGGAUCAAAUCCCAGUCGCUGCAUGCAAGGCAAGCACCCCACGCACCCGCUGUACUAUUGCUCCGGCCCUGUUUUUACUUUUAUUAGUUUUUGGGGCCACGUCUGGUGGUGCUCUAGGCUUUGGUAUUGCUCAGGGUUCUCCACUGGCAGUUCCUGAAGUAUGCCACCCCCCAUGGAUGAAAACCCUGGUUACUUCGUGUGUGUGUGUGUGUGUGUGUGUGUGUGUGUGUGUGUGUGUGUGUGUGUGGUGCCAGAGCUCAAACCCAGCGCCUCACAUAUGCAAGGUAAGUGCUCUAUGCUGGGCUACAUUCCCAGCUCUGAAAUUUUGGGGGCACACCUGAAGGUGCUCAGGGGUUGAACCAGAGUUGGUUGCACGCAAGGGCAAGGGCCUUAACCCUACACUGUCUCUUGGUGCAGGAAUGGCUGUAGGGCUGCCGUGUGUAACGCACAUGCUCCAGCCCACCAAGUUAGUGCCCUAACCCUUGUUGUUUGGCUUUGGGGGGUUUGGUCCUGGUGAUUCUCUAGGGACCAUGCGGUGCUGGGGGUUGGGCUUCUCACUAUAAAGCUGUGUGGCAGCCCUUUGAGUCAUUCCCUUAGUCCCUUUUUAUUUAUUUAUUUUUUCUUUUUUGGGUCACACCCAGCAGCGCACAGGGGUUACUCCUGGCUCUGCACUCAGGAAUUACU